UGGGAUGAUGAUGAUGAUGAUGGUGAUGAUGAUGAUGAUGAUGAUGAUGAUGGUGAUGAUGGUGAUGACAGACCAGGUUGUUAAGUGUGGAGGAAGCUGCACAGAGACAGAAGCACAAUGAGAGCAUGGCAGCGUCUGACCAGGAGCAGAGGAGGCUGGGAUUAAUGACGACCACGCUGAGGAGGUCCUCCCCUCUGUCCUCCCCUCUGUCCUCCUCUCUGUCCUCCUCCUCUCCUCCUCUGCAGCUCAGUCGCUCUGAGCUCGUCACGUCGGGAGCUUCUCCUGGAUCCUGUUGCUCUUCCUGGGUGGCGUCUGUGACCUGACAGGAUCAGAUGGACAUUUCCGGUGUGACCUUCAGGAGCUGGUUUCCUCGCAGUUGACCGGGAGCAGUUAGAAGCUCAGGUGUCUGUUCCACCAGGAGUGUUUUCUGCUUUGUGUUUGAAAGGUGCCAUAAACAUCUUGGGCUUUUUCCCUCCACCGUGUUUUAUGACUGGAGCUGCUGGGAGGAAUUUACGGGACGACUCACAGAUUUGUCACCUGGAGUCUGCAGGAUGGACGUCUCUUACGUUUGGCUCCUCACUGCGUCUCUGAUGUUGUUCCACCAGAACCAAGCCUCCGCCGUCUCCGUUACAAGCCCCCCAGCGAAGGAGGGCCCCCUGGUGCAGCUCAACCACACGGCCCACCGGCGAGAGAAACGCUGCUCAUGUGAGAACCAGAAAGACAAAGAGUGCAUCUUCUUCUGCCACAUCGGCAUCGUCUGGGUCAACAGCCCGAGCCGCGUGGUUCCGUACGGAUUCGGAUCAGUGCGACUCAGGAGGGAGCUCAGACGCUGCUUCUGCACAAACACACAGGACCACGAGUGUAUGAGCUUCUGCUCUGUACACACACAAACAGAAGGGGAAAACACGGAGGUGAAGAAGACAACUGACCAACAACUGAAGAGACACAGAGGUGCAUUCUGGGAAAAAAGGAGCCGACACACAGUCAAACACCAGACCUGAGGGAGGAAGGAGCGUGACACCAGCUCGUCUGGAGGAAGCGUGUCAUGUAUCAGGAGCUACUAACAUGGACCCUGACGGCAGUUUGGACAUGUACUCUGUGUUUAUGUAAAUUUAAUGAAGUAUAAGAUAAGAAACACUCAUGUUUUUAACAUCUGGCUGAUCAAUUAAACAUUCAGGGAGUUUAACCUUUGACCUUUCUGUUCUGAAAUGUUGCAGCAGUCACACAGGCUUCGGUAGAAAGGCCAAAAAAACAGGCACCGUAAAUAAAGGCGGACAAAGUGUCUCCUUCCACUGCACAAACACAAAAUAUAUCAGAGUCGUGAUCAUGGAGUGGAGGCGGGGUAUCGAGGGCCCACUUGACCAAUCCUGAGUCAGUCUCAGCUGUCAAUCAUGACGUCUCAGCCUGUUUUUAUAUCAUCAAAUAACUAAAAACCAAACUGAUCAGAAACACUUGAACAAACAUCAGUGAGAUAAGAACGACCUGAAAUGAAUUUAACGUCUACCUAGAUUUUUUAGCUUGGUCCAUGUCCCAUCUGCUAACAUGGAGGAGGUGGGUCUAUACUGCAGCCAGACACCAGGGGGCGAUGGAGAUGAUUUGGCUUCAUUUCUGGGAGCCAUCACGUCGUCCAUCUUUAUUUAGAGUCAACCUAUUGACUAAAAUUGUGACUUUUUACAGAAACGUCUUCAGUUGUGGUGAAUGAGUCCUGUUUGAUGACGGCAGGAGACAAAGUGUUGACUUUAUAUUCAUAUAAAUAUCUUAAGCCUUGUGAUGGACUGUUUUAAAUCUGUGUUCAUACAGUGGCUCUGACAUGAGACGUGACCGAGCCCCCUUUAAAAAACUGUGACUGAAUAUUAGGGGAGAAACGUCUCAAUAUCAUUUCUUCAUUAUACUGUAUUGUGUAGUAAAGUAAUAAUAUUUUAUGACAUCAUGAGAAUAAACUCAUGAGAUAAGAGUG